AUGGCCGAUGAGAAGACCUUCCGCGUUGGCUUCAUUGUGCUGGGGCUUUUCCUGCUGGCCCUUGGCACGUUCCUCAUGAGCCAUGAUCGGCCCCAGGUCUACGGCACCUUCUACGCCAUGGGCAGCGUCAUGGUGAUCGGGGGAGUCAUCUGGAGUAUGUGCCAGUGCUAUCCCAAGAUCACCUUUGUGCCUGCUGACUCUGACUUCCAAGGCAUCUUGUCCCCGAAGGCCCUGGGCCUGCUGGAGAAUGGGCUUGCUACGGAAAAGAAGAGCUCCCAGGCCCCCUAUGUCAGGCUGUUUGAAGAAGCCGCCUAUGACCAGAGCCUGCCCGACUUCAGCCACAUCCAGAUGAAGGUCAUGGGCUACAGUGAGGACCCCCGCCCCCUGCUGGGCCCCCAGCUGGGCCAGCUGAGUCUGGGAAGCAGUGAUGGAGGAGAAGGCAGCCCUCAGGACAUUCAGGCCUGGACAGAGGCCGCUGUUGUUGUUCACCGGGGCUCUGACGAGAAUGAGGGUGAGCGAGACCCAACUCAGAGCAGGCCCGGCCCCCCGACCUGUCCCCAGGGCCCUGCACCCUUGGCCUCCUUCCAAGAGGACCUGGACAUGGGCUCCAGUGAAGACAGCAGCCCCAACCCAUCUCCGCCUGACAGAGAGGAACCUCGGCCCCCUACACAGGAGCCCAAGGCCUACUGGUGCCAGCUGGAUCGCUACAGCGACUUUGCCCUGAUCGAUGCCCCCACAGCAGAGGAUGUGCCCUGUGGGGGGCAGCAGCAGGAGAUGGCCCUGCCCCACAACUGGCAGCGGUCCCCAGGGACAGAGGAGGAGGAGGAGGAGGCUUUGGACACAGGCGCAGAGGAGCCUGAGGAAGAGGAGGAGGACUUGUACUAUGGGCUGCCAGACAGCCCUGGGGACCCCUUCCCAGACAAGGACCUGGGCUUUGAG